UUCUGAAAGUAGGUUAGCAGGGUAGAGUGAGAGGAGAGGGAGGACGACGUUUCAUACCGCGCCAUAACACACGUCGAAUGCGACUUGAAUUUGUUGCUGAAAGUGAAGACCUUUAGACACGCGCAUUUACUUCAAUUUUAUUUUCCUAAUAAUGCUCACAGUCGGAGUUGAAAAGUUUAAUUCGGGUAGCUGUCUCAAGUUAGCUACUUAGUUCGAAUAUAUUUCUUCGUCAGUGAACUUUGGAGAAUCAAGAAACUGCGAUCAAAAUGAGAGCUCAAAUUGAGGUUAUACCGUGCAAGAUCUGUGGCGACAAAUCCUCCGGGAUUCACUAUGGCGUUAUUACGUGUGAAGGGUGCAAGGGUUUUUUCCGACGCAGCCAGCAGAACAAUGCCAUGUACUCAUGUUCACGGCAGAGGAACUGCCUGAUCGACCGAACCAAUCGGAACCGCUGCCAACACUGCCGGCUGCAGAAGUGCCUGGCGCUUGGCAUGAGCCGUGAUGCGGUGAAGUUUGGCCGAAUGUCAAAGAAACAGCGGGACAGCCUGUAUGCAGAGGUGCAGCGGCACCAGCAGCUGUCUCAAGACUGCCUGGCGGGUUUAGGUGGCGGUCUGGCGUCACGUGACUGUGAGGAUACGGGCGAAGACAGCGCACACAGCCGACCGUACAGCAGUGGAGGAUCCAGCUCCAACCUCAGCGACCUGGACGACAUCGCCACGCUGCCCGACGGCUUGAUAUUCGACCUGCCGCUCACCCCAGAGGAGGCGGGCGAGUACUGCACUCUGGAGAUGCUCGGCGGGUCUGGGAGCGCAGGAAGUGGAAGUUCAUCCAAUCAGAGCUCUCCGGGGCCCAGCUCUGUAGAUUUUGCCGAAUCUGUGAGAGUGAAGCAUGAGUACAUCCUGCCUGAAAAAAGCCUAUUUACACACUCUCUCCUGAGCUCUUUACCAGACAACUGCUCUCUACACGACAUAGAGCGGAUCACUCAAAACGUGGUGAAGUCUCACCUGGAGACGUGUCAGUACAGCCCAGAAGAGCUGAAGAAACUCACCUGGAACCUCUACACACCUGAAGAAACCUGCAGCUUUCAGCUCAAGUCUGCAGAAUGGAUGUGGCAGCAGUGCGCCCUGCAUAUUACAAAUGCCAUCCAGUACGUUGUGGAGUUCGCCAAGCGCAUCUCUGGAUUCAUGGACCUCUGCCAGAAUGACCAGAUCAUCCUGCUCAAAGCAGGAUGCCUGGAAGUCCUGUUGAUCCGAAUGUGCCGUGCUUACAACUCUUCCAACAACACAAUGUUUUUUGAUGGCAAGUUUGCCAGCCCUCAGCUCUUCAAAGCUCUCAGGUGUGAUGACCUGGUGAACACUGUCUUUGAAUUGGCUAAAAGUCUGAGUCGUCUUCAGCUGAGCGAGGAGGAAAUGGCUUUAUUCAGCGCCGCGGUCUUGCUGGCUCCAGAUCGGCCAUGGUUGACAGAGUCUCAGCAGGUUCAAAAGCUCCAAGAGAAGGUUUACGUGGCCCUUCAGCACAGCAUGCACAUGAACGGAGCCACUACUGAGAAACUGGACAAGAUGGUGUCCAAACUACCGCAGAUGAAGUCGAUCUGUAACCUGCAUAUCGACAAGCUGGAUUUCUUCCGCCUGGUUCACCCGGAAACAGCCUACAGCUUCCCGCCUCUGUACAGGGAAGUGUUCGGCAGCGAGAUCAACUUCCCUGACUCCACCAACAGUUAGAGAGAGGGAGAUAGUGAGGGAGAGAAUGAGAGAGAGUGUGAAGGGGAAAUUAUAGGCAUGUGUUGAAGAGAGGUCAUUACCUGUAAAAUGUCAUUUUGUUUUAAAAACCUCCAGGGAGAAUCCUUAGUCUAUUGCAGCACUGUUAGCAUACAUACACAAUACACUACAAAGUAUUUCAGAUUCGACAACACAUACACCCAU